AUAACUUUUUGUUUGGUAACACAGCCAAUACUGUCAAAGUGUCAAUAGAGUGUAACAGAGAGAUUCUUCCAGCUUCUCUCUAGGGUUUCUCGUCUUCCUUCGGAUCUAUCUGAGGCUAAUAACUAGUACCCCUGACUCAGUAACACGGCAUAAAGAGAUUGUGAGAAUGUCUGGUCGAAACACUCAUUGGUGCCACAGAUGUCAACGUGGCGUCUACCUACGCGGUCCAGAUUCUUUCUGCACCUAUUGUGGAGGAGGGUUUGUCGAAGAAAUCGAUGUAUCUCCCUUUAGAGCUCACAGGGAUCUCGAACGUGGUCCAACGUAUGAUCUCAUGGAAGCUUUCUCAGCUUUCAUGAGAAGCCGCUUAGCCGAAAGAAGCCACGACACGGGAAGAAUCACCGCCUCUUCUGGUGGUGGAGGUGGUUCCGAGAGCUUCUCGAGUAUAGCUCCUUUCUUGAUCUUCGGCGGCCAAGCGAACAACACUUCGGUCGAAGCCUUGCUGAACACUUCCCCUGGUGGUAUUGGUAUCACUCGUGGCGGCAACGUUAAUGCUGGCGACUACUUUUACGGACCAGGUCUUGAAGAACUGAUCGAGCAGCUUUCGUCUGGGACUACGCACCAUCGUGGUCCACCGCCUGCGCCUAAGUCGUCUAUCGAUGCGUUGCCGACGGUUAAGAUCACGCAGAAGCAUCUCAAGUCGUCUGACUCUCACUGUCCGGUUUGUAAAGAGGAGUUUGAGUUGAAGUCGGAAGCGAAACAGAUGCCGUGUAAGCAUAUGUAUCAUUCUGACUGCAUUGUUCCCUGGCUGGUUCAGCAUAACACGUGUCCGGUGUGUCGUAAAGAGUUGCCGUCGAGAGGGUCGUCUUCAAGCACAGAGAGGGAUCAGAAUAGAGGCAGCAACAGAAGAAGGAACGUUUUCUCUAGUCUGUGGCCGUUCAGGUCGUCUAGCUCAAGCUCGACGCAGAACCGGAGAGAUACAAGCAACGCAGCUACUGUGGAAGAAGGAGGGCAGUAUAAUCAUCAUCAACAGCUACAACAUCAGCAACAACAUGAACAACAGUCACAUAUGGGUUAUAGUGGAUGGCCUUUUGACUAUUAAAGGGUAAAAUCUAGAAACUUAACUUCUUGUUAAGCCCUUUUCACUUUGGUCUUUGUCUUAUUCUGUCUCUCUUUCACUUUACUUUGUUCAUUUGUUUACUUGUAGAUCUUAUGUUUUUGUGGCUUAUGGUUUAUCAACUUUGUGUGUUUAAUUUAAUGGAUUAUAUAUAUGACACACAUGUUAGCAUGUUACUGAGUUGGUAUUUAAAAUUAGUUUAUGCUU